GUAUUUCCCCUUUCACGCAUUCACGCUUCGAAAAAUAUAAAAAAAACUCGCUCGCGCUCCCUCUUUUUAGCACACACUAUCGCGAACGAAACCCUCGAUCUGAGAAAACCAUGGGAAGAAGUUCCAAGUCUCAGGUUUCAAGCGCCUCCAAUUCAGAGGAAGACGAGCAAGAGAACGUCAAUGAACAGAUCGAAGACGACGAUGACGAACUCGAAGCCGUCGCUCGUUCCGCUAGCUCCGACGACGACGAUAACAUUGUUCCGGAUAAACCCGCCGAAGACGACGCUGACUCCGACGACGAUAAUCAGGAUGAAAGUAAUGUUGAUCCCGAGAUUAGUAAGCGUGAGAAAGCGAGAUUAAAAGAAAUGGAGAGGUUGAAGAAACAAAAGAUUCAGGAGAUAUUAGAUGCACAAAAUGCAACUAUUGAUGCUUCUAUGAAUACUAAGGGAAAGGGUCGAUUGAAGUAUCUCUUGCAGCAAACUGAGCUGUUUGCUCAUUUUGCCAAAGGUGACCAAUCUUCAUCUCAGAAGACAAAGGGAAGGGGACGCCAUGCUUCGAAAGUGACCGAAGAAGAGGAAGACGAAGAAUACCUUAAAGAAGAAGAAGGUGGUUUAGGAAAUACAAGGCUGGUUACUCAACCUUCAUGUAUCCAAGGGAAAAUGAGGGAUUACCAACUUGCUGGGCUAAACUGGCUCAUACGUUUGUACGAGAAUGGAAUAAAUGGAAUUUUAGCAGAUGAAAUGGGGCUUGGCAAAACUUUACAAACUAUAUCUUUAUUGGGCUAUUUACAUGAGUUCAGAGGAAUAACAGGUCCACAUAUGGUGGUUGCUCCAAAAUCUACUCUUGGAAAUUGGAUGAAUGAGAUUCGGCGCUUUUGUCCAGUUUUACGCGCAAUAAAGUUCCUCGGUAGCCCUGAUGAAAGGAAACAUAUAAGAGAAGAUCUAUUAGUUGCUGGAAAGUUUGAUGUGUGUGUGACAAGUUUUGAAAUGGUAAUCAAAGAGAAGUCUGCACUGCGUCGGUUUAGUUGGCGUUAUGUAAUUAUUGAUGAAGCCCAUCGGAUCAAGAAUGAGAACUCCCUCCUGUCCAAAACAAUGAGGCUUUAUAAUACAAACUACAGACUCCUUAUAACUGGCACACCCUUACAGAACAAUCUUCAUGAACUCUGGUCUCUUCUCAACUUUCUUCUGCCUGAAAUUUUUAGUUCUGCUGAAACCUUUGAUGAAUGGUUUCAAAUCUCUGGUGAAAAUGAUCAACAGGAGGUUGUUCAACAGCUACACAAGGUCCUCCGCCCAUUUCUUCUUCGAAGGUUGAAAUCAGAUGUCGAAAAAGGGUUGCCACCGAAAAAGGAAACCAUUCUCAAAGUAGGCAUGUCCCAAAUGCAGAAACAAUAUUAUAAGGCACUACUGCAGAAGGAUCUGGAGGUUGUGAAUGCUGGUGGAGAGCGUAAGCGUCUCCUAAAUAUAGCAAUGCAACUUCGAAAAUGUUGCAAUCACCCAUAUCUUUUCCAAGGGGCUGAACCUGGUCCUCCCUAUACAACAGGGGAUCAUCUCGUUACAAAUGCUGGCAAAAUGGUUCUACUCGAUAAAUUACUUCCCAAACUAAAAGAGAGGGAUUCUAGGGUCUUAAUAUUUUCACAGAUGACUAGGCUGCUAGAUAUACUUGAAGAUUAUUUGAUGUUUCGUGGCUACCUAUACUGUCGCAUAGAUGGAAAUACUGGUGGAGAUGAUCGUGAUGCUUCCAUUGAGGCUUUCAACAAACCAGGAAGUGAGAAAUUUGUCUUCUUGUUAUCUACUCGAGCUGGAGGUCUUGGCAUCAAUCUUGCCACGGCCGAUGUUGUCAUUCUUUAUGAUAGUGACUGGAACCCUCAAGCUGACUUGCAAGCUCAGGAUCGAGCUCAUAGGAUUGGUCAAAAGAAAGAAGUUCAAGUUUUCCGAUUUUGCACUGAGUACACAAUUGAGGAAAAAGUCAUUGAAAGGGCUUACAAAAAGCUUGCACUUGAUGCUCUGGUGAUUCAGCAAGGACGAUUAGCUGAGCAGAAGGCUGUUAAUAAAGAUGAUUUGCUUCAAAUGGUUAGAUUUGGGGCUGAAAUGGUUUUUAGUUCCAAGGACAGUACAAUUACAGACGAGGAUAUUGACAGAAUUAUUGCCAAAGGAGAGGAAUCAACAGCCGAGCUUGAUGCUAAGAUGAAGAAAUUUACUGAAGAUGCAAUCAAAUUUAAGAUGGAUGACACUGCUGAUUUGCUUGAUUUUGAUGAUGAGAAAGAUGAGAACAAAGUUGAUUUCAAAAAAAUUGUGAGUGAAAACUGGGUUGAGCCAUCAAGAAGAGAACGGAAGCGCAAUUACUCAGAGAAUGAAUACUUCAAACAAACAAUGCGCCAAGGUGGCCCCACUAAACCAAAAGAACCCCGAAUUCCUAGGAUGCCUCAGUUGCAUGAUUUUCAGUUCUUCAACACACACAGGCUGAGUGAGUUGUAUGAAAAGGAAGUUCGUUAUCUAAUGCAAACACAUCAGAAGAAUCAGGUAAAAGACUCCAUAGAUGUUGAUGAACCUGAAGAGGGGGGAGAACCAUUGACUGCAGAAGAGGCGGAAGAAAAGGAGCACCUGCUAGAGGAGGGGUUUUCAUCAUGGAGCCGAAAGGAUUUUAACACUUUCAUUAGGGCAUGUGAAAAAUAUGGCCGAAAUGAUAUAAGGAGUAUUGCUUCUGAGAUGGAAGGAAAAACAGAAGAAGAAGUUGAAAGAUAUGCAGAAGUCUUCAAAGAGUGGUUCAAGGAAUUGAAUGAUUAUGAUAGAAUUAUUAAAAACAUUGAAAGAGGGGAGGCAAGAAUAGCUCGGAAAGAUGAGAUCAUGAAAGCUAUUGGGAAGAAGUUGGACCGAUACAAGAACCCUUGGCUAGAGUUGAAGAUACAAUAUGGACAAAACAAAGGAAAGUUGUACAAUGAAGAAUGUGAUCGAUUCAUGAUAUGCAUGAUUCACAAACUUGGGUAUGGGAAUUGGGACGAAUUGAAGGCGGCCUUUCGAAUGUCACCCUUGUUUCGUUUUGAUUGGUUUGUAAAAUCACGCACAACACAGGAACUAACAAGGAGAUGUGACACCCUCAUUCGGCUUGUAGAGAAGGAAAACCAAGAAUACGAUGAAAGAGAGAGACAAGCUCGUAAAGAAAAGAAACUUGCCACCAAGAGUAUGACUCCAUCAAAGCGCUCCUUGCCAAGACAAGCAGAGAGUCCAUCUCUGAAGAAGCGGAAGCAGUUAACAAUGGAUUACUAUGUAAGCUCGGGGAAGAGGAAAAAAUAAAUGGACAUACACCCAACAUCCGAUUUUAAAGUCUUGGUGAAUCUGACAUGGCUUAGUAAACAUGUUAAAAGUACCCAAGUUUGAUGGUAAUGUGGCUUCGUAUGUUCGAUGCUAGGGACCUUCUACUUACCCGCAUUUACUUCUCACAUCUCCCGUUCCGAUUUUUUUUUUCCCUAUCCAUACUGCUUUCUGUAAUGUAACCUUUGUAAGGUUUGACAAAGAAGAUUAAGAUUAAAUUGAAUUUCAAAUUGUUUUUUUUUUGGGUGUAAAUUUAGACUGUUAAAUUUAAUGUCCAGUUUAUUAACUGCAGCAAGUUUAUUCAUAUAGAAUAUUAUAAAACUAUUCAAUUCUUUCUGGACC